CACCUAGACACAAGAGCAGUCGCAGCUACCUCGCCGAGACUACCAAGUACCAACCAACUCCCUCUUUAUUUUCAUCGCUCGUCGGCGGACCUUCCCACACUUUUUCUCCCCACUCCCUCCUUUAUAAUCAAAUCCCACCUAUCUUUCUCCCUCCAAACCCUCCUCUCCUCCCUUUCAAACCCAAAUCAAAGAAAAAAAAAAAAUGGCCUUGGCCACCCAGCCCUCCACUACCCUCCUCCAGAACCCCUUCAUUUCCUCCAAGCCCCAGCCCAAGCCCUCCGCCUCGAUCCCGCAACGGCGCCGUUUCUCCACCCAAUGCUCCGUCGCCGUCGCGCCGUCCGCGGCGACCAAAGCGUCCAAGGAGUACAAGGUGAAGUCGGUCAAGGCGAGGCAGAUUAUUGACAGCAGGGGGAAUCCCACCGUCGAGGUUGAUCUGAUCACCGACGAUCUGUACCGAUCGGCGGUUCCGAGUGGAGCAUCUACCGGAAUCUACGAGGCGUUGGAGCUGAGGGAUGGUGAUAACGCCGUUUAUGGAGGCAAGGGUGUGCUCAAUGCUGUCAAGAAUAUCAAUGACAUUUUGGGUCCUAAGCUUAUUGGCGUCGAUGUCAGAAAUCAAAAUGAUGUCGAUGCAGUCAUGUUGGAAAUUGACGGAACACCAAACAAGUCUAAACUGGGGGCCAAUGCCAUAUUGGGAGUGUCUCUUAGUGUGUGCAGAGCAGGAGCAGGGGCAAAGGGAAUUCCCCUAUACAAGCACAUCCAGGAAGUGUCUGGAACGAAGGAGCUUGUUAUGCCUGUUCCGGCUUUUAAUGUCAUAAAUGGAGGAAGCCAUGCUGGAAAUAAUCUCGCCAUGCAAGAAUUUAUGAUAUUGCCCGUAGGUGCCUCCUCAUUUUCCGAGGCACUCAGGAUGGGUAGUGAAGUUUAUCACAUGCUAAAGGGAAUUAUCAAGAAAAAGUAUGGACAAGAUGCUUGCAAUGUUGGAGAUGAAGGGGGAUUUGCUCCCAACGUACAGGAUAACAGGGAAGGACUGGUUUUGCUCAUUGAUGCUAUUGAAAAGGCUGGUUAUACAGGCAAGAUCAAAAUCGGAAUGGAUGUUGCUGCUUCGGAAUUUCUCACUAAGGAGGGGAAUUAUGAUCUUAACUUUAAGAAACAACCAAAUGACGGGGCACAUGUGCGCUCACCUCAGAGCCUUGGCGACCUGUACAAGGAGUUUAUCAGAGAUUUCCCUAUUGUGUCCAUUGAAGAUCCCUUUGACCAAGAUGAUUGGAGCUCGUGGGCUUCACUUCAAUCUUCAGUUGAUAUCCAAAUUGUAGGAGAUGACUUAUUGGUUACAAAUCCAAAGAAAAUUUCUGAAGCCAUUGGGAAGAAGGCGUGCAAUGCUUUACUUUUAAAGGUUAACCAGAUUGGCACUAUCACUGAAUCUAUUCAGGCAGCACUUGACUCAAAAGCUGCAGGUUGGGGUGUGAUGGUUAGUCACCGGAGUGGGGAAACUGAGGAUAACUUCAUUGCUGAUCUUUCUGUUGGCUUGGCCAGUGGACAGAUCAAGACAGGAGCUCCCUGCCGAAGUGAGCGUUUGGCCAAGUAUAAUCAGCUUCUGCGCAUUGAAGAGGAACUUGGUAAUGUCCGUUAUGCUGGUGAAGCUUUCAGAGCUCCUUAAGUACUUCUACAUGUUUAAGGAAUACGUCAAUCAAUCAUUCAUCACGUUUUCUGAGCUUCAAGUCCAACUUGGGUUUCUGGGAACAUCUACAGAAAUUUUUGAUGUUAUUGGAUAAUUCCAUUUGCCGAAAUGCCCGGAAUGAAAUGCCCGGAAUAAGAUGGAACAAGUCUUCAUCUUUAUUGGAAAUGUUUGUCAGUCAAUAACGAAGUUAUGCUUUCAAAUUGUCGACUGCUGACCUUCUCAUCAGUUCCAACUUUAUAGUUGUUAUGUUGUACCGGAAUGUAAUGUACCAUGUCCUCUACAUUUCACCUCCACCAUACUUUUCAGACUAUAUUAUUGUGCUUUUUG